AUGCCUCGCCCGCACAAGACGAAGAACGCCGCACCGAACCAGCGCGACACAAGGCACGAGAACGGGUUGGCUGCGCCAGGGAAGAGGAUCUCGAAGAAGUCGUCGAAUGGGCAAUUGAAUGGGCAGCCUAAUGGGAAGCCCGUGUCUUCCGCACCACCGCCAGCGCUGCCCACGACGGGUCUGAAUCAAGGCUUGAGGUUUCCACGACCUGCAGAAUCUGCUCUCGAGACCAGUCCGAGUCUUGCUAUCAAGGAACAUGCUGGAGGACUGGAGAUCACGCCAAGGAACAGGACUGCGUCAGAGGUGUCGUUGGAUGAAGUAGGCUUGGACUUGGUGGACAAUGCGAACGAGGCUGCAUCUGCUGCUGCUCCAUGUGUAGAAGCCCAGGUACCGGCUACAAUACGCAGAACAAGCUUGUCGCAGGCUGGAGGUCCUCUAUCAACCAUGUCGACUAUUCUCACCUAUUAUCCGCUCCGCGAUGCCAUCUCCAUCCUCAUUCUGCUGCUCUCGCUGCCACCCACGCUGGUCCUGGUCAUACAGUCACUGUUCGCUUCGCUAACAUUCGUACCUCCCACCGCUGGAAUAUCGCUCUCGACCUUCCCGAAUAUCAAAGAAAUGUUCAAUGCUUCCAACCUAGGAUAUCCCGCUUUGGCUACAAUAUUGAUCGUGGACUUCAUAUUCUGGGCAUUCUGGCUACCAAUGUGGAAACCAUUGCAGAGCAUAUUCCUCGAUUUCUCGCAAGCUGUCAUCGCCGUUUCACUGAGCGGCGCAGCUGCAAGCACUGGAGGGCCAACGUACAGCAUCGCGACAACCACGCUGACUGUCUGCUUGGUGCACGUUCUUCGCUAUAAAGCUAUACAUCUUACCGCUCUGGACUACCUCCGCUCCGUGAUACAUAAUAUGGACAUCGGCAUACAGCUCGAUGUUCCACCUAUAGUAUCUUCCUUUCUUUCGCCACCCAUCGUAGAGCGUGGGUGGGGGUUUACAGUCAUUCGUACCAUACUCGGAAUACACAUCGUUUCACAGGGCGUCACGACAUGCAUUCGCCGAUCUCUCGUCAAAGCCAAUGAAAGGGACCAGACAAUCCCCACCAUCACAACUAACGACUCUGACGUUGCUCUCAAUUCCGAGCCGAAUUCACGCCCACCAAUGGGUAACGUGGAAGCAGCACAGCAACCUCAGACUGUGACAAGUAGUGAUGGACGUCCACCUGGACCGCCGCCGCUGCUACGAGAUGGCAGACCGCGCGAGUCCAGUACGAAGAGGAAGAAGAAGCAGGCCAACCAAGUUCGGAGCCAGCAACCCCUUUGGGCGGCCAUUGCCAGCACCAAAGUCACUUUCGUUAAAGAAAUGGAGCAGAGAGACGCGGCCGAUGACGCACGUGAGGCCGCUGAAAUGGAUAGAAACACAAAACCAACAUUUACAAGCACGAUUAUCUCCCCUACCGACCGGAUCUGUAUUACUGAGGUGCGCGAUACGGAGGUGUAUUUCUCGGUGCAGCUGGCCGCGAAUGCAGACGAGCAGACUGCUGCGCAUGGCGAUGAAGAGGUUGCCAUCACUGCAGGCAUUGACAAGUCCAAGCCAUUCUUCAUUCGCAUCAAUGGCGCAGCCUGGAGCUCAGCACGCAUUAUGUCAAGCGCUACUGGCGACGAAGCGAAUGGCAAGCCUUGUUACGACGGCGAGAUCUUUGGCCUCGCGCCCAGGAGCACGUUCCUUUGUGAAGUGGUUGAUAUCUCAAGUGGAGCUGUACUAUGUUCCUUGCGGUUCAUCACUGACGCUGCGCCGUCUGCAGAACAGGUGACUUCGGUCGCUGCUCAGCCACGCGACCAUCACCCACGGCCAGCAUCGCCAAGCACUACUCUCAGACAGUCUAUUCUGACUGCUAGCGCAAAGCUGAAUGAUGCGCGUAACAAAGCCAAAAAGAUCAGACGAGAACAGAAAGCGGCCAUUACCGACCUCCGUAAAGAUAUCAACAACCUCAAGAAAAAGCUCAAGGAGUCCUCGGAGGAAGAUCGCCAAAAGCAGAAGAUGCAGCAAUUCACUCAGCAUAGAACCAAGGCUGAAGAGGACAUUGCUGAAUUCAAGCGUGAACUCGAGUCCUUUGGCGACAUUCCUGACAAUGAAAUUGCUGAGAUGAACGAAAAGCGCCAACAUUGGGCAGCAGCGUCCAACACAAAACGAUCUGUUGAGGAGACCUUCAACACUUCCAAAGCCGAAGCUGACCGCGAGUUGACCGCGAUUCGAUCGGAGAUGGAGGCGACCAAGACCAAACGGGAGAGGAUGGAGGCACGACAUGCACAAAGGGUGCAGGAGCACGAGAAGCUGGAGUCGAAGCAGCAGGCAGACAUGUCUGCCAAGCAAAGACGGGAGCUCGAACGCGCUCGCGUAGCGGACAGUCGCCGUCAAGAGGACUGGCAAUUCCGAAGCCAAAUCUCGGGCAUGGAGAGUGAGAUCAAUGGGCUCAUGGACCAAUCGCAGGAGACGUAUCAACAGCUUGCCGCACUUCAAAGCUGGAACACAGCCCCGCCUGCGUAUCCUGGAUACUCUUCUCCUCCCACGCCCGAGGGCAUGCUUCCCGGUACUAACGGCUCGCUCGGUAGUCCUCAUACGAACGGCUUCGCUUCUCAUGGUCCUCAGCCUUUCCAGUCGCCUUUCCACUCCGCCCAACCAUCGAUGUCGAACAACACUCACGGUCCACGUGGACGUAGCUCUAGCAUGCUAAGUCAGUACUCAGGCUUCACAGACAACGGCGAGGAAUACGCCUUCGCCGCCGAGCAACCCGUGAAUCAAUAUUCAUGGCCUAUGCAGCCUUCGGCAUCCGCAGGUGCACCGAUGUUCGAUGAUCGCAAGGAAAGCGAGGGUUCUGGGUCGUUGACGACUGGUAGCACCGGUUCGAACUCGCCUCGUCCAGAUGCGAAUCCCUUCAUUCCGGCUGGGAACAAGGCGGGCACGAUUGGUCCGCCGGGCAAGAGUCGGGAUAAGGUGGCGCCUCGGUCUCCGCAGGGUGCGAUCGGUAGUGGUAGAUAG